AUGGCGGAUGUUGCCGUGCUGAGUGCUGAUGCGGAGCGCGGGCUGGAGCGUGCUGAAGAGCUGCUGGAUGAGCCGCAGGUCCGUUCGGUGGCCGUGUUCGAGCCUGCCGGUGUUGGCUUGGACCCGUCUCGCGUGGGCGUCCGGCACGUGGCCGGUGACCCCAAUUUGGAGAUCGCCUACAAGGAGCAGGGCCUCACGUUUCGCUUGGACCUGUCGAAGCGCCUGAGCCGCCUCAGCCGGUGCCAAGGUGGCAGCAGCGAGCGCCAGCGCCUCUGCCAGCUGGUGGCUCCUGGCGAGCGUGUGCUGGUUUUGGGCUCCGGCAUUGGGAUCACUGCCUGCCUCAUAGGAGCUCACUCGCCAUGUGCCGACGUUUUGGGUGUUGAACGCGAUCCAGUGAAGAAUGACUUUGCCUCCGCCAACAUACAGCUGAACAAGCUGGAAGGGAAAGUUCGCAGCAUUUCACGUAACCUGCUGGAUGUGGCGGACCUGGGGCUCUUCCAUCGGAUCUGUGCUUUCCUAAAGUUUCAGCCAGUGGAAAACUUGAAGCCGCUUAUUUCAGCCUUAGCUCCCGAAGGCACCCUGCACUUCUACAACCAUGAGUCGAAGGAGCAGUUCCGGAGCGAGCCGGUUGUCAUGGACUCCUUUGCAAGAAUCUGUGGAGACCGGAGCGUUGAGCUCACCUGGCGCGGCCGAGUGCCCCGCAGGUCCAUAGCUCCCAACAUGUAUCGGGUUGGAAUGGACCUGCGAAUCGCCUGA